UGGGACUCGAUCCACGACCUCUUGUGAGUUUUCUUUUUAAUGUUUGUUUGAUAACGCCUAAAUUUUUUAUUCAUAUGAUAAAUGCAGCAAUGGUGCUCUUCUUCAGUUCUCACAGGAAGUUAUUUCUCUGAAAAUAUACCAAAGGCUAAUGCCAUAAUCUCAUACAACAAGAAGUCAGUGACAGAGGCGGUGCCAUACUUUGAGCAGUUGGGUCCUCUAGUGAGGCAGAUGAUGCCAAUCGUAGAAGCAUCUCCCUUGUAUGCAAUGGCUAGGAGUGCUUCAGAUGAUGCGUGGAAGAUGUUUAUUGGCAUGGCUGGAUCAAUGAUACCUGAGAGACCAAGAAGCCCUAGUCUCGUUCUCCAAAUUUGUGGAUCAAUUGCCUUCUGUUUUUGUUCAGUUCACGGAAGGGAUAUCAGAGUUCAGGCCAACACCUUCUAAGAACCGUGAAUGUUGCAAGAACAAAUACAACGUACAACACACACUACUGGUGAAGUUCAACUCGGACACGAUUGAUGAAACUGAUCUCCUCGAAGAGAUAUUGAAGCCUCGUGUGGACACUAUCGGUGGGACACUCGAAAAGGUGCAAUUAAGU